AGCAUCAAGUGCAGCCUGAGCAGAGCGUUCCGGCUGCGACUUUCCUCUCAGACUCUGAAGGAGCAAUGAGGAGCAUGCAGCCGUGGCCCUGCUGAUGACAGCACGUCUUGGGGAUGCAGUGACAGCUGUUUGUUUCCCAGCUGGAUCAUAUUUGUGUAUAUCCGAGGACAACCAACAAUACAGUGCCUACCUGGCAUGACCCAUCAAUCGGAUGCGAGCAGAGCCAGGCCCAACGUAAAUAUGGGCCCCAUACCACUUUACAUCCUGCUCCUAGUGACAGUGCUGACCGUGGUGGUGGCUGUAACUACUGAGGAGAGCAGAGUUGAUGACCAGUACAGCUGGCCCCAAUGGAAGGUGCCACUGGUAAGGAAACGACGCACUGUGCCCCUCAGCAGCCCCAACUUCUCAGCUCAUCCUCAACAGGAGCUGAGUGGCACCUGCGGAAUCGAGUGCCAGCGCCGCCUUCCCUCACCUUCCCUGAAUGAUUUGGAGCAGUUCCUGUCCUACGAGACAGUCUAUGAGAACGGCACACGCACGUAUACCUCCAUUUCUGUGCACGGCCUCAAUGAAGUGACUAUGUGGUCCAAAAACACCUCUUCCAGCUCUCGUCACAAACGGGAGCUGUAUGGCACAGAUACUCGCUUCACCAUCGCUGAUAAGCAGUACUCCACCAAAUAUCCCUUCUCCACCUCGGUGAAAAUCUCUACAGGGUGCUCUGGGGUUCUGGUGUCACCCAAACAUGUGCUGACAGCUGCACACUGCAUCCACGAUGGAAAGGAUUACCUAGAUGGAGUUCAGAAGCUACGUGUUGGCAUUCUGAAGGAGAAGAGCAGAAGAGGAAAAGGAGGCAAAGGAAGAGGAGGGAACGAAAAGGGCAAAAGAAGAAAGGGGGGCAAAGGUAAAGAGGAAGCUCUAGAAAAAGAGGAAAAUGUUGGGAAAGGGGACAGCAAAGGAAGAGGAAAAGGCAAGAAGAUCCGGAUUCGUCGAAGUGUUGACUCUGGGAAACCUUCAUUCAAGUGGACCAGAGUCAAACAGACCCAGAUUCCUAAGGGUUGGUUUAAAGGUGUGUCAAAUGGCCUGACUGCAGAUUAUGACUACGCUGUUCUCGAGCUGAAGAGAGCCCCAAAAGUAAAUUACAUGGAUAUUGGUGUUAUCCCCUCCAUCAAGAAGCUCCCUGCUGGUAGGAUCCACUUCUCUGGCUUUGACGAUGACCGACCUGGUAAUUUGGUGUACCGGUUCUGCUCCGUGUCUGAGGAAUCCAAAGACUUGUUGUAUCAGUACUGCGAUGCCAAACCCGGCUCCAGCGGUUCAGGUGUGUACAUCCGGCUCAAAGAACCAGGCAAGAAGAAGUGGAAGAGGAAGAUCAUUGGGGUUUUUUCUGGUCACCAGUGGGUGGAUGUUAAUGGGGACGGGAUGCAGCAGGAUUACAACGUAGCUGUGAGGAUAACACCCCUCAAGUAUGCUCAGAUCUGCUACUGGGUCCAUGGGGACUCAAGCGAGUGUCAGGUAGCCUAAAACAACACAGAAACUCCCCCCUUUCUGCUUCUUAUCCACCAUCUCUCACCCUAGUCUCACUUUACAGACUUCACCUACCUUUACACAUCACCUGGUCUCACCAGGUAGAAGCUAGGAAACUGCUUCUUCUUCCCCUUCCUCUCGUUUACCUUAUGUGCCUCCUUAUGACUCAGCUUCACUGAAUCAAGCGAUGAGGUGAAAACAAUAGGAACUCGUGUAUCAAGAAGAACUCUGGCUUGUCAGUUGACUUUUUUAUUUAUUUGUUAAAAUUAUAUUUGGGAAUUUUUUUUUAUUUUUAUUUACUCUGCAAUAAAAACUGCAAUAAACUCUGCAGUUUCUGCUUUGACAAUUUAAAAUGAAGUGAUCUCCAAUGUCACAGUAUAAUGAAUGGAACACAGUAUGAACCAUUUAUAUACCUGCAAGGUAUUGUUAUAGAAGACAAAAUAUUUCACCGCUGUAAGUAUAAAAUGUAAGCAAUGCCAAUAACAAGAGAUCCAAAAACCGACUUAUAUAAUUUAAUUGAACAAAUAGAACUGUAUGAAGUUUUGGAGAAAACAAAAAGAACCAAUAAGCUGGUAUUUUGAUUUGUGUAUAUCUCGAAGCUUGUAUUAGUUUUAUUUUUGCAUCUAUCUUUAAAAGAAAAAUGUUCUCCUUUUAGAUGCUUUAUAUGACAUGUUUUUUUUUGCCUUUUGUAUGAUCUGUGUCUCAUCCUCUUUCAUCUAUUUUUGCAAUACAGUGAAAUGUGGUUUCAUUGUUGUGCACAUAUCUAUAACAGAGAAUGAUGUGGUGCUAAUUUAUGGGACUGUAACCUUUUUGUUUUCUAUUCGGGAUGAUUUUUUAGAAAAUAUUUUGGUGGCCUAGUACUGUAACUUUAAACUUGAGGUGGGGCUACAUAUCUGUGUUACAUUAAGACUGAACCAUUCAACAAUUUACUUGAGCUGUUUUUAAGAGAUUGUUUUUAAAUCCACAUUGUUUUUAUAUAGUUUAAAAUGAAAUGUAAUAUCUUUCUGUUGCUCCUGUUGCUUUUACUCCAAAACAAUGCAAAACUAUCCUUUCAAAUACCAAAUAUCUGCAAAUAAUUACUAGCAUUGAAUUCUACAAACCAUUAAACCAAGAUACCUA